AUGACCUUCGCCGGCGCCGCCAGCCUGCUGCGCACCCGCGCGCCCGCGGUCGCGCCCCAGCGCCGCGCCCAGCGCCGGGUAACCGCUCGCGCAGAGGAGGAGUCGAAGUCGCUGGAGACGAUGCGGAAGUUCGCACAGCAGUACGCGAAAGGCUCCGGGACUUACUUCUGCAUGGAUAAGUCGGUGACCGCCGUCGUCAUCCAGGGCCUCGCGGAGCACAAGGACGAGCUCGGAGCCCCGCUGUGCCCGUGCAGGCACUACGACGACAAGGCCGCGGAGGUCGAGCAGGGGUUCUGGAACUGUCCGUGCGUGCCGAUGCGGGAGCGGAAGGAGUGCCACUGCAUGCUGUUUCUGACCGAGGACAACGAUUUCGCCGGCGACGACCAGACCAUCUCUAUGGACGAGAUCAAGGAGACGACGUCGCAAAUGUAG